AUGGAUUCGCGCGAGCCCUUGUUUCUCUACAAAGAGACUCGUCUGAACCUUGAGCCAUUUCCGUGCGCUAUCGUUCACCUACACCUCAAAGCUUCCCACGCGAGCCAGCGGUCCGAGAUCAACGGCCGAGUCUCGGAGAAUGAUCCUACGUAUCGACUGAAAGGGCUGGCAAGCUCAUCCGCGAUAUUUUAUAGGAAGCAUGGCGGCUUCCCUAAGGCAUUUCUUUGGAGGGUACUCGACGGCGGCUACACCUUGAGCGUGCAACCAGUCGACCUUUGCCGACCUGAACAAGCUGCCGAUGCGCCGCUAACUCUACACAUACACUUUCCGGCGCCGCUCAAGCCGAAUUGCAUCGCCCUGGCUGAUCCGAAGAACUCUGAUGCGCUGAACAUUUUUGCUAUCGACGAAUCGAACAACCUGUAUGCUCUCCCGCUAAAGGCAGACGUCUUUCGCAAGCUCGUUGCAGUUGAUGCCAUACCCGUCGAGACACUGGAGCCGUUUCUACCCACAGCAUUCAGCUUUAAGCAUGUCCACCGAAUGGUUGCCGUCAGCUCCGACCAGCUGUUGGCUACACUGCACGAUGGCGGCGUGCUGGUCUUUGACCGACAGCCGCAUUCACAUGGGACUUCGGCCGCAUGGAAGGAGACUUUUUACAACUCGUCAGGCUGGAAGCAGGGACUGCGCAACUUGCUUCCGUUUCAGGGCGGCCCAACGGUCAGGUAUGGCAAGGUAAACAUGGACCUGACUGCUGCGACCUCGGUCACUGUGACCUCUAUGAACAUCGAUGGUGCUUUGUUCGUCUUCACCGUUUGUCUCGAUCAUCGCAUGCGAAUUUGGAACGGCGACGGCGCUAUUCUUUACACCGGCGAUUUGCUCAACUCAGAUCGCAGCCCACAGGACGUAGGAAAGUGGACUAUCGACCCGACCCAGGCCAAUUUGGUCAGGAUACUGGAGACCUCAGAGAGCCAUUGCCUUUGCGCUACUUAUUCGCCCAUUGGAACGGGCGCGUUCAAGUUCUGGAAGACUACCGCAUCCACGACUGAAUCUCUUAUGGUCAAGGAUGCAUUCCCAGACCUCCAGCUUGUUCCCCCCACGCCUUCAUCAUCCGACAUUUGGACACUUGCCGACUUUGGAUUAUCCCAAAAUCACUCAACUAGGACCUUGCAGCUUUGGGUACUAUGGAAAAACAACCUGACAUAUCGGGUUCAAAAACUAGAUUUUAAGCCCGAGACUAUAGGCACCUCGUGGGCCAACGACUGGGUCGAUGCGUUCGCAGACCAUGCAGUACCACCGGUCCAUGGAUCCACCGCCUGUGACGCGACAGACACGACAGAAAACUGGCUUCAGUUGAUCUUCACCCCUGGCAGGUUUACCCGGACCACAUUAGAAACCGCUUUGACUAUGUAUGAAGGUGGAUUGGGCUCCGCCAAGGGAACUUCGUCUAAGGGGAAGAAAAACCUGGCCGAGUCUAUAUGCGCAGUCCUGGGCUCGACUGCAAGUCUUGAACGUGACUCGUCUGGAGCUAUAGACUAUGCGCAGUUCAGAGCAACGAGCGAGAUUCAUUGGCGGAGGUUCUACCGGCUGCUGUUGGAACUGGACAAGCAGAGGGGGGAGGCACUCUCGCUGGCGAUAGACCCCGAGACUGGCCUGGCUUGGGUUGUGUGCGCCGACUGUGUCUCUGUAGUCCGCGCCUGCAGUAGCAUUGAGAGGGUAUACCACAACCUCGUCUCACCAGAGGCCAAGUUUCGCGACAUCUCGGAUCUUCUGACAGCCGGAAAAGCGUUCUUGGACGGCUUCUCUGACGGCAUGCUGCAGACGAGUGUGGCAGCGCUACGUGCCGAGCUAUUUGAGGACUCUUCAAGGACGGAUUUCGAGCGCAUACAGUGCUUUUCCGACAAGUCAGCGUUUUGGCGCCAGGUCACCGACGAGGAUUGCAUACAGGCCGUGGAAACACUCGGUUCUAACUUUAAGCUGGUGGACUCUGGGCGGCUUUACGGUGAUCUAUUUUCUCUUUUGGAUGAGACGGCAGCUGCCAGGAAUCGGGCCAACGGGCUGCCCUGCACAGAUUUUGGCAAAAAGCUCUUGGUGAAGGGGACACACGAAAGUGCCGAGCUGAUCUGGCGCAUCUUGUUCAGCCAAGUGAUUCUUCUGGUCCACAUGGAGAACGAGACGGCCGAUGCAGAGGAAAGCCCGCUUCAUGCGAGGUUCGAUAUUGGGUUGGUUUUCAGACAGCUUGUUGCGGCGCUCCAAAGAUUAAACCUGAUCAAGUUGCUGUCCAAUGCGGACGUCGUCGAGCCAUUCCCAAAACCAGAGGCCACAAAGCCAGCGUCAAAAUCCGGAAGUCUGUCCCCCAUUUCUACAAAACGGGGUGAAGAAUCAUACACCAUUACAUGCCUCGAGGCAACUAUUGGACAUCUCUUAGGGCUUUCUGUUCAGGACGACGAGCCAAUGUCGACAGUCCUUACGGACGUCAUCGUCAACGUCUGUGCCCUGAAUAGCAAUCUUGAGUUGCCAGUCACUACCAUCCAGUGCUCCAUGCUCAAGCGGGAUCGACCAGACCUCGCACUUGAGCUAGGAGCAUUCGCAGAUCAUAGCCCUUGGUCUACCUACAUUCAAGGACGUGUCAGCCUUGCGCUCAGGGAUUAUGAUGUCGCGUCGGUCUAUUUCAAGAAGGCUGCGAUUGGCAUGAGUGUUCCGAUCAAGGGCGAGAUGCACAGCGUCGGACUGCUGGAUCACACGGAGCGGAAACAGUUAAAUCACGGGAUGCCCGAGUAUUACGCGCAUAUAGUGUCUUUGUACGAGAGGCAUAAAGCAUACUCAUAUGUCGUCGACUUUGCUCGCUUGUCGUUGCAGUUUGCCAAAGCCCAUGAUCAGUCCGAUACCCGGAUGGACAUGCUCGGCAGAUUAUUCUCCGCUUCAACUGCUAUUUCGCGGUUCGAUCUGGCACACACAGCCUUGCUUUCCAUGACCAACACGGCUCUUCAACAGUCGUGUCUGAAGAAGCUCGUGGAGAAGAUGUGUGAAACCCAGCAAAAUGCCGAGCUAGUGAACCUUCCCUUCUGCAACCUGCAAAGCUCGGUGGACAGGAUCUUGGAGCAGAAAUGCCAAUCCGCCAACGUCCAAGUCCAACCUGGACGUGGCGUUCCUUGGCACCAGAUUUUGUACGCAUGGCGUGUUCAUCACAACGACCACAAGGGUGCCGCGGCAGUACUCCUAGACCGAACCAACAAGCUCAAGAAGGCGGGCGAAGGCAACAAGCUUGUCGGCGACGAUGUUCUUGACACGCCUGUCACGCGGCAGUACCUCAUGCUCAUCAACGCGCUGAGCUGUGUGGAGCCGAAGCAGGCAUGGAUCGUCACCGAAGAGGACAGCGGCCACAAGAAGCCUCCUGCAGACAAGGCAUUUGAGGACUUGAUCGAUGGCCUAGGCGGCGCUGCGAACAAGGACUCUACCGAGCUCAAGGUAUUAGGAGACGACGGGCUCGGUGCCGAAGCUGUGGCAUGGAAGAAGGUGCGUAGCCUGGUGGAUUUGAAGAGGGAUUACCAGGAAGAACUGGACCGAAUAGCGGCGAUACAGAACAACCAGUUCGACUUUGUGGUAGACGACGACGCGAUGGAGUUGUGA